AUGGUCACAACGAACGGCCGCCAUAUAGUCAUCGUCGGAGGGGGCAUCAUCGGCUGCACGACGGCCUACUAUCUAUCUCGACAUCCGUCUUAUACCUCGGACUCGGACACGAUCACUUUGCUUGAGGCUUCACAAUAUGGACCAGCGCAAGGCGCGUCGGGUAAAGCAGGGGGGUUGGUAGCUAGAUGGGCUUACCCAAAGGAACUUGUCGAUCUUUCGUUUGAUGAGCAUGUCAGGCUCGCGGAGGAACAUAAUGGUAAAGAACGUUGGGGAUGGAGGUAUGUUGACUGUGGUAGCUGGGAAGGAAGAGGUGAAGCGUUAAGCGAGCAACGUUCAACGGGCCAUUCUGGGAUUGACGCGCCAGAGAAGAGCCUGGAGAAAACUCUGGGUCUUCCUGGUGGCUCCAAACCACGCGGCAGCAAGUCGAGGAAAGCGAAAGGAUUACCAGACGACCUCCAAUGGGUCAAGGAGAACCUAACUGACGCUUAUUCACCCAUGGCGAAGGCUGGCGACACUGCGCAAGUUCACCCUUAUCUAUUCACUACCAGCAUCUUUGAACUCGCAAAAGAACGCGGCGUCAAACUUAUCGCGGCAAAGGCGACAUCCAUCAUUCAAGCGAACGAUAAAGUCGUAGGGGUAGAAUACGAAGAUAACGCUACGCGCCAAACCACAGCGGUACCUGCAACACAUGUCAUAGUCGCAGCCGGCGCUUGGUCUCCAACUCUCGUCCAAGGACUCCCUAUCUCAGCAACCCGCGCCCACAGCAUCACGAUCAGACCCCAGCCCAACGUCCAGAUCGCGCCAUACGUUCUGUUCACAGAGAUCGCGUUCCCAAAGUGCCUUGGCGGUGGCGCUUCCCCAGAAAUUUAUGCUAGACCCGAUAACGAAAUAUAUGUCUGCGGGUCUGGAGAUGACUCGGCACUUCCGGAUUGUGUCGACGAUGUGGUGGUUGACCAGACGGCGUGCGAUGCCCUUCAGAAUCACGCUUUCAGUAUAUCUGAUGAAAUUCGACACGGGACCGUGGAGAAGAGGCAGGCCUGCUUUCUUCCUGUCGUGAGCACGGGGGGAGGACCCAUCAUUGGUGAAGCGGGACAUAUUGCCAAAGGCUUGUAUCUCGCCACUGGACACACAUGUUGGGGCAUCUGUAAUGCGCCAGGGACUGCAAGAGCGUUGGCAGAACUCGUCAUGGACGGACGUACAAAAUCCGCUACUUUGGAGAAACUUCGCCCAUACCCUACCACAUAG